UGCCUCCCGGAGCCGUGAGCGCAGUGGGGCUGCUGGGGCACGUCCUGGAGGCUCGGGUUUCCAUGGGCACCAUGAGGCACCGGAGAAAUGGCAAUUUCGAGAGCUCCAGGCUGUUGUACUCCAGCAUGUCCCGCAGCAUCGACGUGGCCUGCAGCGACGCCGAUUUGGCCAACUUCAUCCAAGAAAACUUUAAGAAGAGAGAAUGUGUCUUUUUUACGAAGGACUCCAAGUCAGUGGGAAACUUGUGUAAGUGUGGAUACCCCGAAAACCAGCACAUAGAGGGCACCCAGGUUAACACCAGUGAGAAAUGGAACUACAAGAAGCACACGAAGGAGCUCCCCACCGAUGCCUUCGGGGACAUUCAGUUUGAAAACUUGGGAAAAAGGGGCAAGUACAUCCGCCUGUCGUGUGACACGGACUCCGAAACGCUCUACGACCUCAUGACCCAGCACUGGCACCUCAAGACCCCCAACCUCGUCAUCUCCGUCACCGGCGGAGCCAAGAACUUCGCGCUCAAGCCCCGGAUGCGCAAGAUAUUCAGCAGGCUGAUCUACAUCGCCCAGUCCAAGGGGGCCUGGAUCUUCACCGGGGGCACUCACUACGGGCUGAUGAAGUACAUCGGGGAGGUGGUCAGGGACAACACCAUCAGCCGCAGCUCCGAGGAGAACGUGGUGGCCAUCGGCAUCGCGGCCUGGGGCAUGAUUUCCAACCGGGACACCCUCAUCCGCGCGGCCGACAGCGACGGCAACUACUUGGCCCACUACAUCAUGGAUGACCUCAAGAGAGACCCCCUGUAUUGCCUGGACAACAACCACACCCAUCUGCUGCUGGUGGACAACGGCACCCACGGGCACCCCACCACGGAGGCCAAAGUACGAACCCAGCUGGAAAAGUACAUUUCGGAGCGGGUUAUCCCAGAAUCGAAUUAUGGUGGGAAGAUUCCCAUUGUGUGUUUUGCCCAAGGUGGAGGGAAGGAGACUUUGAAAUCCAUCAACGUGGCCAUCAAGAGUAAGAUUCCCUGCGUGGUGGUGGAAGGCUCUGGCCGGAUCGCUGAUGUCAUUGCGAGCCUGGUGGAGGCAGAAGGCGCUCCUGCUUCCUCCUGUGUCAAGGAGAGCCUGCUCAGGUUCCUGCCCCGCACCAUCUCCAGGCUCUCGGAGGAGGAGACUGAAAGCUGGAUCAAGUGGAUCAAAGAGGUCCUUGAGAGCCCUCAUUUACUGACAGUGAUCAAAAUAGAAGAAGCUGGAGAUGAAAUUGUGAGCAAUGCCAUUUCUUUUGCUCUGUACAAAGCUUUCAGCACCAAUGAACACGACAGGGAUAACUGGAACGGGCAGCUGAAGCUGCUGCUGGAGUGGAACCAGCUGGACCUGGCCAGCGAUGAGAUCUUCACCAAUGACCGCAACUGGGAGUCUGCCGACCUACAGGACGUGAUGUUCACAGCCCUCGUGAAGGACAGGCCCAAAUUUGUCCAGCUGUUCCUGGAAAAUGGCUUGAAUCUGCGCAAGUUCCUCACCACGGAGGUCCUGAGAGAGCUGUACACCAACAACUUCAGCAGCCUGGUGUUCAAGAACCUGCAGAUCGCCAAGAACUCCUACAACGACGCCCUCCUCACCUUCGUGUGGAAGAUGGUUGAGGACUUCCGAAGAGGGGCCAAGAGGGAUUACAAAAACAGCAAGGAUGAGAUGGAGAUUCACCUCUCAGAGGAGUGUCCUAUCACAAGGCACCCAUUACAAGCUCUGUUUAUCUGGUCAGUCCUUCAGAACAAGAAAGAGUUGUCUAAAGUCAUUUGGGAGCAAACCAGAGGCUGCACUUUGGCAGCCCUUGGGGCCAGCAAGCUCCUGAAAAGCAUGGCCAAGGUGAAGAACGACAUAAAUGCUGCUGGUGAGUCUGAGGAACUCGCUAACGAGUAUGAGACAAGAGCAGUGGAGCUGUUCACCGAGUGCUACAGCAACGACGAGGAGCUGGCCGAGCAGCUGCUGACUUACUCCUGUGAAGCCUGGGGAGGGAGCAACUGCCUGGAACUGGCAGUGGAAGCCAGAGACCAGCAGUUUAUUGCCCAGCCAGGCGUGCAGAAUUUCCUUUCCAAGCAGUGGUAUGGAGAGAUUUCGAGAGACACUAAGAACUGGAAGAUCAUACUGUGCCUGUUCUUUUUCCCUUUAAUAGGCUGUGGUUUCAUCUCAUUCAGGAAAAAGCCUGUGGAGAGGAGUAAGAAACUCUUCCUGUAUUACGUGUCCUUCUUCACCUCCCCCUUCGUGGUCUUCUCCUGGAAUGCCAUCUUCUACAUCGCCUUCCUGCUGCUCUUCGCCUACGUGUUGCUGAUGGACUUCCAGAAGGAGCCCACCGCCCUGGAGAUCAUCCUUUACGUGCUGGUCUUCAUUCUGCUUUGUGAUGAAGUGAGACAAUGGUACAUAAAUGGCAGUAAGUAUUUCUCAGAUCUGUGGAAUGUUAUGGAUACACUGGCCAUCUUCUACUUCAUAGCAGGGAUUGUGUUCAGGCUUCACUCUGAUGAAAGCUCUUGGUAUUCCGGGAGAGUCAUUUUCUGUUUGGACUACAUAGUUUUUACUCUGAGGCUGAUCCAUAUUUUCACAGUUAGCAGGAAUCUAGGACCCAAAAUUAUUAUGCUGCAGAGGAUGGUAAGAUUCUGGCAGCUGUUCAAGAGAGUCUAAAUAAAUGAUGCAACACCUUUCUUUUUGUUUUUUUUUUCCCCUCAAGAGUGAAAUCACCGCGUUUUGGUGAUGGCAGCAAGUUCAGCUCUGCUGAACAGGAUGAAUUGAGAUUUAAAUAGGAUGUAAUUAAGAGCAGGGCUUUUUUCUGUGCUGAGGGAAAGAAUAAGCAUCAGGCUGAAGAACAGAAGAGGAGAUGUUGCUCCUGGUAGCUUCCAUGUCUCAAACAUUUCAGUGGUGCAUCCCAUCACUCCUGUUGCCCACGUGGGUGUUCCCCAAACAAGACAGUGAUACUAAAUGGUUAUAGGAAGAGGAUUUUUGUCUUCCACUGCAUCCAUCACACAGGUGCCUGGAGAAGAGGGUGGUGAGGAGUCCCUGUUACAGUGGUUUUGAAGAAGUCUGAUAAUAAGGGUGUUUGGGGCUAGUGGAAGGGCAGAUCUGGAGGUGGAUCUGUAGUAACUGGGGAAGCUCAGCUGGAGUAUUACCAGCCUUCAGUUCUCUGUGCAUUGUUAAGAGCUGGAAAUUCAAGGAACUGUUAGCCUGUCUGGGCUAUAAAUGCUAGUUUGAGCUAUCCACAGGGGUAUUUCCAGAAGGAGUGGCUGCUUUCACCUGACAUGGGCUGCCAGGGGCUGCAGCCACAGCCCUUGUAUGUGAUUCUGGCUCUUGUGGAGCCUGUCUGGUGCCAGGGGGAUAUCCUGUAUUUGAAACAUGCUGUGCCUUUAUGGUUGGCUGUACAUUUUUUGGAGUUCCCUGAGUGGGAUUGUUAAUUUUUUUUGUGGAUGUGUGUUGGUGAAAUCGGGAGCAAAAAACCACGCGUGGCUUGGAGCAGACGUGCGGUUGGGGCACUGACGCUUGUCGUCCUUUUUCAGAUGAUAGACGUCUUCUUCUUCCUCUUCCUCUUUGCUGUGUGGAUGGUGGCCUUUGGAGUGGCCAGGCAAGGCAUCCUGAGGAAGAACGAGCACCGCUGGGAGUGGAUCUUCCGAUCGGUCAU